UAGCUCUAUGAGUUUACACGUAGAAAAUUUCAGUCUUCGCGUGUCUGAAGCGUACAAAAUAGAAUAAGCAAAGUAAGAAGAAAUUAUUGUGCGGAUCGUUUAACUAAGCAAGUUGCUGAAUUUUUCAAAUGAGAAUGCGUGUUCUGAUUCAUGUAUAAAUGGAAAUCCAAAAGCAACCUUAGAGAUACUAUAUUAUCUUCGUGCUCAUCAUACAUUACGGUUGUUUUGAUAAAGUGCGGUUGACUAAUCUCGCUCGCAAAGCGACAGAAAGCUGCCAGUGAAAAGUGUAUCUGGAAGCAAAAAAAAUCAUCUCCUGUAUUUGGCAAAAUUAUAAAGAAUUCUAAUAAAUAAAACGAAAACAAGGCAAUUAUUUUGACAACAAGUUAAAAUAAUAAAUAAAAGGUGCGGGAGUGUAUCAAAUGACAAAAAAGAAAUUGUGAAAAAAAUGCAAGAUUGUUGAUGUAAUGAAUACAACUCAAAACUUGUCGCAACGUACAUACAGUUGAGUGCGCAUGUAUGAGCCAUAACUAAGCCUCGAUAGUCGCUUACUAGUCAAUUAAGUUUUUGCAAACCAAAAAACGCCUGUGCUUAAUUCGUAUAAGCUAUAGUAGCCGGCGGCAAAUCGAAUUUUUAGUGUUACACAACUUGUUGAUUAAGGCUUCAAUAAAAUCGGCGUAGAAGCAGUAGCCAGUGCGUUUAUAGUGGCAUACGCACCCAGUGAUUUCAAACAAAUUUCUACUCAUUGUUGCGUCGAGCAGCCAGUGCGCGCUGCUCUUAAUACAUCGUCGUCAUCGAAUUCUCCCCUGUGUACGUUGAACGAAAAGACUUCAAGACGGUUGCCUCACGGUUCGAGUGGAAUGAGCAUAGGGACACUGGUCUUCCUUUUGACAGAUCGGUAUUCAAGGUCGUUAAACUGAGCCCCAACUUGGAGCCCUACCCCGCCAGCGUGGAGGGCCUGAACAGCCCUAGAGCGGUGGGGAUGGCCGCCACCUCAUAUAUGACACCGUCUAGCGGUGAUCUAGAUAUGGCGCUAGGUGGUGGGGGUUAUCAUACUUCAUCGCCUCGAUCGGCCGCCGAUGCGGGCGAAAUGAAAUACAUGCAACAUCAUCAUCAUCACGCCGCCGCUGCUGCCGCCCAUCAUCAGCUACCCUCAUCGCCUAGCCCGAAUGCAGUUGUGGGUGGAGCGGGUGGUGCGGGAGCAGGUGGUACUGGCGGUCUAGGUGUGUCAGCGAGUGGGCUUAGUUCGAUCACACCCUCUGGUAGUUUGGGAUCAAAUCAUUGGACCCCUUUGCAUCCCUCAGAUCCAUGGGCGUCGAUGACACAUCAUACACACCAUCAUCCCGCGGACGCGGUAAAGCAAGAAAUGUCCCAUUUAUCACAGCAGUCACGCGUUCAACAAGGCAUGGCAUCCCCACAUACAUGGCACGCACCGGUUCAUACAACACACUAUGUUCCGACGGGUGGUUCGCCUUUGCAAUAUCAUCAUGCGAUGAACGGAAUGUUGCAUCAUCCUGCUCAUCCAGCGCAUCAUCAAGGAGUGCCACCUUUACAUCACGCACUGCGUGGUGAGUCUCCACAACUUCAUAUACAUCCCCAUCAUCUGCAGGGCGAUCGUGAUGUGUCGGGUGGUGAAGAAGAUACGCCCACCUCAGAUGAUUUGGAAGCAUUUGCGAAACAGUUCAAACAACGUCGUAUAAAGCUCGGUUUUACACAAGCGGAUGUGGGACUGGCGCUUGGCACCUUAUAUGGCAAUGUCUUCUCACAGACAACAAUAUGCCGCUUUGAGGCUUUACAAUUAAGUUUUAAGAACAUGUGCAAAUUAAAACCACUACUACAAAAAUGGCUAGAGGAAGCUGACUCCACCACUGGAUCACCAACAAGCAUUGACAAAAUUGCGGCACAGGGUCGUAAGCGUAAGAAACGAACCAGCAUCGAAGUGAGCGUUAAAGGUGCACUCGAACAACAUUUUCAUAAACAACCAAAACCAUCGGCUCAAGAGAUCACAUCGCUGGCAGAUUCUUUACAAUUGGAAAAAGAGGUUGUGCGAGUGUGGUUUUGUAAUAGGAGGCAGAAGGAGAAGCGUAUGACACCACCAAAUACAAUGGGUGGCGAUAUGAUGGACGGUAUGCCACCAGGCCAUAUGCACCCACAUGGCGGCUACCAUCCACAUCACGAUAUGCAUGGAAGUCCAAUGGGUACACACAGUCACAGUCACAGCCCGCCCAUGCUUAGCCCACAAAAUAUGCAGUCCGCGACCGGUCAUCAGUUGGCGGCUCACUAGCAAUCAGAAAUCCAGGAGUCGAACUCAGCUGCAGCUGCGUCCACUCCUGCAUCGCUGCAUCAGCAGCAACAACAACAGCAACAACACCAACCACAUAACCAACAUGCGCCGAACACGCCGUCCUCUUCGGGUGGCUCCUCGGCGACAAUGACAACCAACGUGCUGUCGCCGCAAUCACCGAUCGGUGCUGGAUUAACUGCUAAUAAUAACAACAAUAACAAUACGCAUAACAACAACAAUGAAAGUGAUCACUUGAGUCAGGUGAAACAGCAGCAGCAACAACAAGCGUCAUCGAUAGCGGCAGCUGCAGCCGCCGCUAUGUACAUCGAUCCGAUGCGCUACCAACAUCACCAUCCACACCAACACCCGCACCUCAAUCCCGCGCACCACCCACACCUCUUCCACACCAGCGACCAGCAACACCCAGCGCUGCAACAUCCAACCGCUCAUCACCACAAUCUGCAACAGCCACAGACAUCGCCCGGCGCCGGCAGCAGCAGCGGCGCCCUGCAAGCGCCAUCCUCAUCGCCAUCCUCGGCUUCCUCGGUGUUGGGUGUGAGCAGCGCGACCGGCAUGCAUCACCUUAAUUUAAAUCCACACUCACUGCACCAGCAUCACCAUCACCACCAACAGCAACAUCAUCACCAACAGCAGCAACAACAACUGCAUGCCCGACGCCUAUUCGAAUGGAGUCUGCAAUUCGGUGCCGCCGCACCAGGCGUGAGACACUUCAAUUCAUUUGGCGGCGGUGGCGAAUAGCAUACGUCCGCCGCAGCGGCAGCGUCAGCCGCCUGGUUUGGAUAUGAGUCGUCUUAAGCGCGCAAGCAUAAGACAUCGGAAGAAUCCAAGCUAGAGGCGGUGCGCUUUUAAGCUGCGGCGUGUGCCGAACCGGGCUAAUUGAAAGGGUAUACCAGCUGCGGUGCAUAAUUCAACUAUUUUAUUUGGUGUAUAACUAGACGUGUAUAUCCGUAUACGGUAUAUACGGUAUAUAUAUACAUGUAUAUGUGCAGGGAACGAAGGACCAACGACCGAGUCACAGUACCACUUGAAGCGCGGUUUAAUAUUGAACCGCUUUAGUUAUAGUGGGAUAUUGUUAGGUAGACUUAUUAAGUAAGUGGACGGUUGUAUGCCAUUUGCCAGAGCUAUACCAGUGCAUUAAUCUGUGUUAACUUGAAAUUAGUUAAGUAAACUAAGUAAAUGAAUAAUGAACAACAUUAUAAAAUAAAUAAAACAAAUUAAAAAAUAAGCAAAUACAAAA